UCGAAGCACCCACAAAUACACAAUCAAAGCUAGCAGGCAGGAAAAAAAAAUACACACUAGCACACAAUGAAGAUCAUCGCGAACGCGGCUCUUCUCCCUUUGCUGAUCGCAGCAUUACUACUAGCGACCAACCCCGCUGCAGUCGUCGCUAAUGAUGGUCUGAACUGCAAAGACGACGGUGGAUCGACGAAGCCGCCUCCCCCAGUACUCAUGGGCAACUCUUUUGCUACAUUCCAAGAAGCAGCAGGCUCCGUGCCACCAAAUCCCGAUCGUUAAACUUCUUGCUCGUUAAUUAUAGGGAAGCUCGAUGAGAAUGCAAAUUCGCGAAUCUACUAUGGUGAGGUGAGGUGAGUCCAACACCAUAAUCAUUUGGACUACAAUGUCUUUGACAAAAAUAAAGAUUAUACGUCGUAAUCGUUAUAUACGCGCUAUCGGAAAAAUAUUUCGAGAAUAAAAGGUAACUACAUCAACUACUUAUCUAAUUAUGUAUGCUUCUACAUACUGUGCAUGUACAGAGUAAGCUUGCUGGCUUGCUCUUAGUACUACGAUUGCAAAGCACUAAUGAAUAAAUUAAAGUUGU